AUGAUUUAUAAAAUGAUUAUUGGUGAUAUGUUUCGUUUUGUAAUAAUUUAUGUUAUUAUGGUGGGAGCUUUCGCACAAGCAUUUUAUUUUCUGUUUCGGGACAUUGGAGACAAGGAUAUUGGCGGUUUUAAAACACUGGUUGUAACAAUGAUGACCCUUUUUCAAAUGACUCUUGGAGAAUUUAAUUAUAGCAUCAUGAAUUACGCUCAUUAUCCAGAUCUGACCAAGUUUCUUUUCAUUGUAUUUAUGUUAUUGACACCAAUCCUCUUACUCAACAUGUUGAUUGCCAUGAUGGGUAAUACAUACCAAUCAGUUAUCGACAAAGCAGAGAUCGAAUGGAAAAAACAAUGGGCGAAGACUAUUUCUGUUCUUGAGAGAAGCUAUUCGGCAAAGAGGUUGCGAGAGUUUCAGGAAGAAUUUUCCAUUCCGAUUACUAAAAGUGGAGAAAAAUGUGAUGUUGGGCGUCCACCCCGGGGUUUGAUGGUCAUAAAGGCUUCCAGUAAAACUCGGGCCAAACAGCGCAAAGGAGCUUUGUCCAACUGGAAGACUUAUGGCAAAGAAGUUAUUGCCCAAUAUAGAGAAUACGCGAAUAAGGGUAAACGAGGACCGUUCAGAUUACGUGAAAAGAAAAAGAAGAUGUACGUGAAAGACAUAAUGGGUAACUUUGUACCAGCUGCUGAGAAGAAAAAUGAUGGCAUCUUUUCAACCCUUGAAAGUGCUGCCUGGAUGGAAGAUAUUGAUAUUGAUAAAAAGAAUGGACCAACAGGGGAUAACAAUAAAAAUGCCAAUGUUGAUAGUAAUUUAGCUCUUAAACCAACAGAGAAUUUAAUAAAACAGUCCCCGACGACAUCAACAAAAACAGUAAAGAAUAUAGAAUCAAACCCAAAUAUUAUUUUGCCACCGUUAAUCGAAGCGCCAGGUUUAGUAAGGUCAAAUGCAACAGUCAAAGAACUAGAUGGACUGUCGAUGAAAAGCGGGAAGAACUCCAAUCCUGUUUCACAGUGUUGUGAAGACACAGAAACCAUGUUUGAUGAUGAAAGUGCUGGUAACGUCGAAAACUCGUCACGAGAGCAAUUAAGUACCCCGAUCAUUCAAUCAGAGAAAAAAAAUUCAAUUUAUGGAAUGCCACAUAAGUGGCAACUGCCCGGGGCUCCAUUCGUUUGGAGCACUGGAGCAUCAGACCAGUGUGUGGCAAUGGAAAAAGAAGUGACUGGAACUCAGUAUAAGGUUACUGAUAUGAAAGAUUUUCAACCAUUGGACAUGGAUAAGAUCAUGUCCCGAAGAAAGAAGUCGGUUGCACACAGCGAAACGACCUGUAGUUCAGUUUCUACGUUUCGAUCAAGUUCGGAAUCAAGUCUCAGAUCAAGUUCGCCGAUAUCGUCAAAAUUUAGGAUUGGUCAUAAAAUAGCUUCUACUGGCUCUCCUGUCUCGGACAUUAACGACAAUAACCAUGUGUAA